UGGGACGCGGGGAGCUGGGGCGGAAGCGCGGCUGCCAUUUUGUAGAUUGCAGGCCGGUCCCACCUCUCUCUCUCUUUUUCUUUCUAUCUCUCUUCGGGAGGUCGAGGCGGGGGUGGCAUCGUAUUUUUGAGAGGACAGGACGCCCGGACGGAUUGGCGCGCCCGAGAGGAGAGGGAGGAGGCUGCGGCGUUCGUCCCGAUGACCUGUUAGGCAAGCGCGGGGCUCUGCUCUUUCUUCCCGCGGGGAAUUACGGAGCUGAGGCUCUUUCAAGGCCUCAUUCGACCCACAGGGGCCUGUUAAGUUGAUUUCACAGCCUUUAUCUGGCCUUCCAAGAAGAACCAGGUAAGCUUCUGAAAGCUUAAUGUAUGUGUUGUCAGAUUUGAUGGCUUUUUCUUCCAGGCUGAUGACUGGAAAGGAAGAUGUGCAGUUGGCUAUCUAAUCAUGGGAAAGAAUAAACAUGGGGAAAAGUAUUACUGAAUUUGCUUCGUUAUGAGAUGUGCUGGCCUAAUAGCAGAGAAUAUCUAAACUUCAUUAUUGCUUGGAAGUGAAAUGACAUAAUCUUGAUCACAAAUAAUUCUUUUGAUAUCAGAUAGCAUAAAAACAAGUUCAGUUUUCUUUCACUGGAUUUUUUAAGAUGCUGUGAAAGCUUUGAUAGCUUUGAUCAUAGAUUUUAUGAAUGACAUUGGCGCUUUUAUGAUUGAGAAUAUUUUGGGGAACUGUAUAAAUAGUUCAGAUUGGCUAGUGUUUGUAAACAUUCAGAUUAAGCUAGGUUCUAUGUGCUUUGAAAUGUAGGAGUUAUUCGUUCAAUAAUAGCAGGACUUUUUUGUUUUAAAUGGUGUAGCUUAGGCCUAGCAUUCUUCCAGUGUACUAGAGGCUUGUUAUCAUGUAUGCCUUUUUGUCCACAGGUGAUUAUUGCUGUGGGUUGAGCUCAAAAUGGCUGUAGUCAUCCGUUUACAGGGACUUCCUCUUGUUGCGGGUUCUGCAGAUAUUCGCCGUUUCUUCUCAGGAUUGAAUAUUCCUGAUGGAGGUGUACAUAUUAUUGGAGGAGAAGAGGGGGAAGCUUUUGUUAUAUUUGCAACAGAUGAAGAUGCCAGACAAGCAAUGAGCUACUCAGGAGGAUUUAUCAAGGAUUCACGAAUACAGUUCUUUCUCAGUAGCAAGGCAGAAAUGCAGAGCAUAAUAAAAAUUAAUAGGAAAAGAUUUGAGCGUGGUCGAAGAGAAACAGGAUCUAGGGGGACAGGUUCUAAUAAUUCAGGAACAUCUGGUGUUGGCAAUCUUUCAAAUUUAGUUGCAGCCAUUAAAAAAGGAAUUGGUAAAUCUAGCUAUGAUUCCAGGGUUCCUUUGGAGGAUGAGUUUCAUUCCGGUGGCUCUCAAAACAGUAACAUAAACAUUUCAAAAUCAAAUUUUAAUCAUCCUAGGAAAGAAUCAUUUAAAUCUGAUAGAUUAUACUUAUUCAUACGUGGUAUGCCUUAUUCUUCAACAGAAGAUGAUGUGCUCAACUUUUUCUCUGGAUUACAAGUGGAGAAGAUUCUUAUGUUAAAAACCAAUGGUCAAAACAAUGGGGAUGGUGUGGUCAAAUUUGCUACAUUAAGUGAUGCCAUGAAAGGACUGCAACGCGAUAGGAAUUAUAUGGGUGCACGGUUUAUAGAAGUACGGCCCUCUAAUGAAAGAGCAUGGAUUAAGUAUGGUGGAAGGAUAGAUGAGAAGAUAGACCAUUCUUUCCACUUCGAACAUAAUUUGAAUAAAGGAAGUUAUUCUUCAAGCAGAGAAUAUUCAAAAAGAGAGCCAAGCUAUUUGUCUUCAAGAAAACGAACCCGAUCCAGGACCCCACCACGAAGAGUAAUGUCACACGCUCAUUCAAGGUCUCCUUCGUGGAGGAUUAUGGAACGCAACUAUUCAAGGUCUCCUUCACAAAGAAUUAUGGCACACACCUAUUUAAGAUCUCCACAGAGGGUUAUGGGACACACUGGUUCAAGGUCUCCUCCACGGAGGAUCAUGGCACGCAGUGGUUCAAGGUCUCCUCCACGGAGGGUCAUGGCACGUAUGCAUUCAAAUUCUCCAAGGAGGAUCACAGCAACUACCCGUUCAAGGUCUCCAAGGAGGGUUAAAACCCACUCUCGUUCACCUUUCUCUGGUUCAGCCCAGUCCCAUUCACCUCAGAGCAAGGAAUAUUACAUACAGGUUAAAAAUUUGUCUGCUGCUGUUGAGAAGAGAGACUUGCAGGUAUUCUUUAAUGAGCUAACUUUAAUGAACAAGGACAUUACUUUCCUAAAAUCACAUGAUAAUGAGGCAAGGAAUAAGGAUGCAAUUAUUAUAUUAAGAUCAGAGAGAGCAUAUACAUCAGCACUGAGUUACCACAAGCUUGAUCUUUUUGGUCGACAAGUUUAUAUUUUCCCUGUUUCCAAAAGAACAGUACUAGAGUUAAUUGGGUCUUCUGAAGUCAAAAGAUCACCAGAAAGACAUCACCAUGUAAAGGAUAAAAAUAAUCAAGAUGGCUACCCUGGCUCAAAGACAUGUGUUUAUGUAAGAAAUUUUCCAUUUGAUGUGACAAAUGUCGAGGUACAGAAAUUCUUUGCAGGGUUUAAUAUUGAUGACAAUGACAUUUAUUUGCUUUUUGAUGACAAAGGAGUUGGACUGGGAGAAGCACUGGUCAAAUUCAGGACUGAGGAUCAAGCCCGAAAAGCUGAAAGUUUAAAUCGCCGACGCUUUUUGGGGACAGAGGUACUCUUAAGAUGUAUACCCGAGAAGCAAAUGCAGGAGUUUGGUAUUAAUGUUUCAUCAGCAUCUAAUGAAAAGAUGCAAGGGCAUCACCAUACACGGAAAAGAGAUGAAAACUUUUACUCUGUUGAUUCACGAGGACACUCUGUGCAGGGAGGUGUAAAACAUACAUCUGAUUAUGGAUGCCUGUCUGAUGAUUUCAUCUGCUCAUCUGAUAAAUUUAGAGGUCCUCCCCCAUUUACAGAAUUUGGUGAAAGUGUUCCUGGAAAUUUUCCUGAUGGGCAUUUUGAUUCUAAUUUUGGUGAUGACGCAGAUUGUGUAACGCUGAUCAAAUUAAAAAAUAUACCAUUUCGGGCAUCUCCUAAUGAAAUUCUGGACUUUUUCCAUGGCUAUAAGAUCAUACCAGAAUCUCUUUCCAUUCAGCACAAUGAAUAUGGAAUGUCUUCGGGUGAAGCAAUCAUUGCUCUAGUAAAUUACAAAGAGGCAAAGGCUGCGAUUAAUGAACUGAACGAUAGGCCAAUUGGCCAACGCAAAGUUAGGUUAAGUUUGGCAUAGGUGAAAAUGAGGUAAAAUAAAUAUACAGUAUUAAUUCAUUACAAUUCACAUUUUUUACUUGGAAAAUGAAGAGACCCCACAAUGUUAAACAUAAAGAGUUAUGUCUAAUUUUAAAAUUGCAGCAUUUUUAAUUGAAUUAAUAUUUUUUUAAAAUGGUGGAUCAGCCUGACAGUUCUGACAAAGUCUUCAAAACAUGCAUAGCUGAAAUAUGAAACUUAACAUGUAUUUAGCUUUCAUCCCACUGCUGCAUGUAUAUUUGCAGUUCAUCUAAAUAUAUUGUUUUAUGUAAAACAUUGUAUUUUCAAAGUUGUUCAGAAGCAUAGGUUGUGUCAUCCCUGUAUAUAUUCUUGCCCAUUGUUAAUGGUCAGUGGUAUUGUGAAUGGUUUCGUUAAUGUCAGCUCAGCAUUUCUUUUAAAAUAAAAGAACAUACACUGAAAUA